AUGACUGCCACCUCCGACGAUGCCGUUGACAAAUUGCUGCACGAAAACCGAGAAAUGCAGGCACAUGUUUAUGCCAUGAUUCAGACCAUUGAACUUCAUAUAACUUCCACGGAUGCUCUUCGUCUUGCGUUGAAGAGACCACACGUAACGAAGAAAGAGACGGGCACGCAUGAGUUACUGAGGUCCGACUCGGACACAAUCUUUCAGUUCCGCUGCAAUUCCCAUGUGCACGCGGCUCCACUCCAAACACAACCGCCCCAACACUGCUUCGCACUGGCGCCCAAGUUUCGCUGGAACCAACGGGCAACAAGGUCGCUGAAGCGGCAGGUGGACCGUGUCGGCUUGGAUGCGUGGGAGGUGAAGGACCCCGCCCGAUGGCAGGUGGUUGCUGACGCCGUCAACUACGACUCAAAGGCGACUCAAUCUGUGGAUGAUUUUCAGUGCUACCAGCAUUAUCAACAGAUGGUAGCGGCGUCUUCAGAUCGAUAUUCGGUAGAAGAAGACCACCUUAUUACCGGGAAUGAUUAUGUCAGGGGACAAUGGGAUCAUAUCGCAGCAGAUAUCUUUAAGCGCUUCGGUCAUCGCCGCACGAUAUUCCAAGUUGCUCAGAGGUAUCGCAAGCUAAAGCGAGAGCUAUAUGAGUGUACACGAAUUUCUGACGACGAGGAGGACAGUGGCACCGUUUGGAAAACAAUAGAGACUGUGAUUCUUGCGAACGACGAUGUUUACGCCGCUUCGCCUGGUGCCUCACCUGAGACAGAGGCCAUUGCGGAAUGCGCGCUGCAAAUAAAUGCGGGUCGUACAAUGCCAUGGGUAACGGAGGAUUCUAUCCGCAAGGCUCUUGUGUGGAGAAGAGUAUCCCACGGCGAUGCAGACACACUCAUGCGGCAAAACAUUUAUGCGAUUCUUCUUAGCGGUGAGGAUUACUCCUCUUCACGAGAGGCAAGAGAGGUGGGGAUGCGUGUUCUGCACUGUGAUCCUCUAGGUAUGUCGGAGGCAUCGAACCGGGCGAGGUGGCGGUACACUCAGAUUACUCUGGAGGAGGCAGCAGAGCGGCUUGCGUCGUCGUUGACGGACAUGAAGGAACGUAUUCUCGCCAAGGCGCUACGGUGGUAUGACGUUGUGUAUGCAUCAGAUUUCUUCAGGCUCUCGAUGAAUCUAUUCGGACAACGGGAUGGCGCCUUGGCAUGUUUUCUCGUCUCUAGAGAGUAUGAGCGUCGACGGAGGAGGGCACUCCCGCACAGCCGUCUGAAUUUUUUGUAG